UUUGUCCCAUCUUCUCAGCGAUUCUUGUCGAGGAUUCACACCAACCAAAAAAAAAGGAGAAAAAAAAAGAAGAUAGAAAUAAAAUUUUUUUCUAAUUUUCAGCCAUCAAAUCGUUUGAGAGUCUCGUGAAUCACGAAUUCUUGUUCUCUCCAUCAAAUUUCCAGGCCAACACAGUGAGAAAAUAAAAGUGUUCUGGAGGAGUAAAAGAGGAAAUAGGAGAAUGAGAAUAGUCGGACUAACAGGAGGGAUUGCGUCUGGGAAGAGUACUGUAUCCAACCUCUUCAAGGCUAGUGGUAUUCCCGUUGUUGACGCUGAUGUCGUUGCUCGAGAUGUGUUGAAGAAAGGAAGUGGUGGAUGGAAAAAGGUAGUUGCAGCAUUUGGGGAGGAUAUUCUGCUUCCUAGUGGAGAAGUCGAUCGGCCAAAGCUCGGUCAGAUUGUGUUCUCGUCUGAUUCCAAGCGUCAACUUCUAAACAAGCUGAUGGCUCCAUACAUAUCAACUGGUAUCAUUUGGGAAAUCUUGAAAUUAUGGGCGAGUGGCGCUAAGGUGAUAGUUGUCGAUAUCCCUUUGUUGUUCGAGGUAAAGAUGGAUAAAUGGACCAAACCCAUUGUGGUUGUGUGGGUUAGUCAAGAAACACAACUUAAUAGACUGAUGGAGAGAGAUGGAUUGAGUGAGGAAGAUGCAAGGAACAGAGUGAUGGCUCAGAUGCCGUUGGAUUCGAAAAGGAGUAAAGCUGAUGUUGUGAUUGAUAAUAAUGGUAGUCUCGACGACCUCCACCAACAGUUCGAUAAGGUUUUGACUGAAAUUCCGAUAAAUUGGAUCGGAUUUUGCAGUUUUUUCUUCUGCAGUACCUCGGCGUGA